AUGCCAUUUUAUGGUACAAGAAAGCAUAGUGUUGGGCAUAGAGUGUCCAAAAAGGGGAUUGAAGUGGACCAUGCAAAAGUCGAUUUGAUUGAGAAGCUCCCAGUACCCACUUCAGUGAAAGCAAUGAGAAGUUUCCUUGGGCACACAGGAUUCUACAGGCGGUUCAUCAAGGAUUUUUCAAAAAUUGCUAACCCCUUAUGUAAGCUGCUUGAAAAAGACCAGCACUUUUUGUUUUCUGAUGAUUGCAGGUUUUCAUUUGAGGAGCUGAAGAGAUUGGUUACUGUACCCAUCAUUGUUGCACCCAACUGGGAGCAACCAUUCGAGCUGAUGUGA